AUGUGUGGUAUCAGUGCCUUCAUUGAACUCUCCAGGGAUGGGUUCGUUGAUUCUCCUUUGCAAACAAAGCAGCUUAAGGGGCAAAUGGAGCAAAGCAUGGACUCUAUCAAUCACCGUGGCCCUGAUGCCCGAGGGAGAUGGUUCGGCAACGAUUACGAAGUCGGAAUGGGUCAUGUUCGGCUGAAGAUCAUUGACAUGACUGAGGCUGGAACCCAGCCAUUCCACGAUGACGAAAGCGACAUCCAUGCCGCCACGAAUGGAGAGCUCUAUGACUGGGAGCAAUAUCGUGAAGAACUGAGCGAGGUGCAUAAUUUCAAGUCUAAUUGUGACUGCGAGAUCCUCAUAGCUCUUUACAAGCAGUAUGGGCUUUCAUUUUUGUCUCACCUCAGAGGAGAAUUUGCCUUUGUGCUCUGGGAUGCGAAGCGCAAGCUGCUUAUAGCCGCGCGGGAUAGAUAUGGAAUCAAGCCACUUUACUAUACUGUAGUCAAUGGUCGGCUCUUGGUGGCCACUGAAAUGAAAUGCUUUUUGGCAUAUGGAUGGAAGCCCGAAUGGGAUGUUCGAACCCUACGGGAUCAGAGCUGGCGGGUUGAAUCAAAGACCUUCUUCCGUGGAGUCCAUCGGAUCCUUGCUGGUCAUUACUUGAUUGUGCGCAACUCUGAGAGUGAAGGACAAAAGCCUUAUUGGGAUCAUGACUAUCCUGACAAGUUUACUCGUGAGGUGCGAACCGAAGAGGAAAUGAUCCAAGGAGUGAGGGAUCGUAUCCUUGAUGCUGUGAGGGUUCGAUGCCGGGCCGAUGUUCCUGUUGGCAUUACCCUUAGUGGAGGCUUAGAUUCCUCCACAGUAGCCGGAAUGGUGGCUCAUCUUAUCAAAGAGGGAACAAAACUUGGCUCUAACUCGGAUCCAACGCCCUCUACCAUGAAAUGUUUCACUGUGCAGUUUGACGAAACUAGUGGUGUUGAUGAAUCUCCCAUUGCUAAACGAACUGCCGAAAUGUUGGGCGUGGACUUCCAUCCUGUGAAAGUGGAUGAAACGGCGUUAGCACAACGGUUCGAGGAUGCCAUAUGGUAUAGUGAGACUCCACUUCCGGAUGUGAACGGAGCGGCCAGGUUGGCUCUUGCGGAAGCAGUGCACGCUAGUGGUAUCAAGGUUGUUCUCACUGGUGAAGGUUGUGACGAGCAAUUCGCGGGCUACCCUUCGUUUAGGGUAGACUAUCUGUCCGAGGUCGAUCACUCCUGGCCAGCUAGUGAUUUUUACCCGAGCGAGCGCGAGGAAGCGUUGGUCAAAGCCAUACAAGAUGCGGCUAAAGGAGAGUUUGGCGAACGCAGCACGAAAAUUCCAGCAGCGAUCAAACGUCAACUCAAAAAUAUUGCGACUGCUGGGCCCAUGGAGAGAGUUGGGGAUUUGCCAUUUUCCAAAUGGACUGACAUCUAUGAACCCGAACUGCCAGAGGCGCGUCUCGUUGAGGGUCUCAAUGGCAUUGUUCGCGAGGCUAUGCAAAAGAAGUGGCAUCCCCUCCACACGGGUGAAUAUCUCUCCACAAAGCUCUUCAUGGCUCAAUUUAUCCUGCGCUGUAUUGGGGAUAACAUGGACAUGGUCAGCCAAGUGGAAAGUCGCUGUCCCCUCAUUGAUCAUCAUGUAACAGAAUAUGCCAACGGCUUGCCACCUAGCCUGAAGUUGAAAUACAAUCCAGCCGAGAAGACAUGGAGGGAGAAAAACAUUCUGCGAGAGGCAGCAAAGCCUUUCAUCACAGAAGAAAUCUACAAUCGUGUCAAGAAACCUUUCCUGGGUCCAAGAAGGUUUUUGGCUGGUGGGCCUUUGCAUCAAGUCCUCACACGUCUGGUGAAUAAAAAGAACGUCGAAAGUCUCGGAUUUGUUGAUUGGGAUUUGGCACAGGACGCAAUGGACAAGUCCUUUUCUACUGAUGAUUCUUUUGCUUUCAGGCGGAUUCUAUGUAUUGCUCAAUUUAUUGUCCUCGGGCAACGAUUUGGUGUCAGGACGGCCGCAUCUCAUCCAAACUGA